AUGUCAAAACUAUUAAAUAUUAUUUUUAUUUUAAUUUUAACAAUUUCAUUUAUUAAUUGUCAAGAAAUUAUUAAUAUUUCAAAUGGUCCAAUUAGAGGUAAUUCAUUUGAUUCACAUAAAGAAUUUUUAGGAAUUGGUUUCGCACAACCACCAGUCGAUCAACUUCGUUGGAAAUCACCAUUAGCACCAUCACCAUGGUCUGAUGUUUAUGAUGCAACCUAUGAAAGAUUACCUUGUGCACAAAUUUGUAAUUUACCACCAGAACUUUGCACAAAUACAUCAACAGAAGAUUGUUUAUAUUUAAAUGUUUUUACACCAAAUAUUGAUUUCUCAACAAUUCAAGAACCAUUACCAGUUAUGUUUUUCAUUGCUGGAGGAAGAUUUGAAAUGGGAAGUGGAUCAGGAGAGCUUUAUAAUGGAACUAAAAUGGUAAAUUCAUCAAAUAUUGUUUUUGUUAGUAUAAAUUAUAGAUUAGGUAUUUUUGGUAUGCUUCAAACUGAUACAAUUUCAGGAAAUUUAGCAUUCGAAGAUCAAUUAUUAGCAUUGAAAUGGGUUCAACAAAAUAUUAAAGCAUUUGGUGGUGAUCCUAAUCAAGUUACAGUUUUUGGUGAAAGUGCAGGUGGUACAAGUUGCGCACUUCAUUUAACAUCACCAGCUUCUGCUGGUUUAUUUUCAAAGAUUAUCAUUGAAUCAAAUCCAUGGUCUUUACCAAUCAAAACAAUUGAUGAAGCUAAAGAUUUGGCUAAAAUUUUCGCCAAAGAUUUAGGUUGUGAUAUUAAUGAUAAUGCUUGUCUUUACUCUAAAAAUCAAGAAGAACUUUUACUUGCAAUGAAUAUUAGUCAAAAUCAUUUUAAUGUUUUGGCACCACUUUUAACUUUUCUUCCAUGGACUCCAGUUGUUGAUGGAGUUUUAAUUACUGAUCAACCAUUAGCACUUAUUCAAAAAGGUGAUUAUAAUAAAGUACCAAUUAUUGUUGGUACAGUUCGUAAUGAAGCAUUGGUUUUUGUUGCUGGUAUUGCAUUAGAUAUUAGUAAAAUUGAAUAUAUUGGUGGAUUAAUUGAUAUAUUCGGACUUUCUCAUGAAAUAAAGAUAUAUGAAUUAUAUAAACCAUUUAUCAAUGGUUCAAACUUUAUGGAUACACUUGGAGUAGUUGGUACUGAUUAUAUUUUUGUUUGUCCAGUUAGAAAUGCUGCAAUGUAUUUAUCAACCAAUUCAGAUUUUCCGGUUUAUACUUAUCAAUUCCAACAUGUUUCAAGUUUUAAUCCAUACGGUAAUGGUUAUGAUUAUUGUGCUGAUCAAGUUUGUCAUGGACUUGAAUUACCAUAUGUUUUUGGUAAUGCUGGACAAUAUACAUUUAGUGCACAAGAACAAAUUUUAUCAACAAAUAUGCAAAAUUAUUGGACAAAUUUUGCUGUAAAUGGAAAUCCAAACAUUGGUAAUCCAGUUAAUAUCCAAUGGACUCAAUAUAGUAAAUCAAGUGAUGAUAUGUUAACUUUAGACACACCAAGUUAUAUGCAAUCAAAUUAUUUAAAAAAUUAUUGUGAUUAUUGGGAUUCUUUGGGUUAUCAAGUUGGUUGGUAA